AUGGCUGCACCUGAGCCGGAUGCGAAGCCCUCCCCCUCGCUGCGCUCGCAGUCCUUCGCCAGCCUGGACGACGUGCUGUACCGGCAUCUGCAGUGGACGCUGGCCAUCGACUUCGAGCGCCAGCAGCUGCGCGGCUUCGCCGAGUACACGUUCGCCUACACGGGCACAGCCAAGUCUCCCGUCUCCAGCGGGCUGCAAUGGCUCGCUCCGCAAUUGACAGCCGGAAAAAUGUAUCCAUUUUUGUUCACGCAGUGCCAAGCCAUCCACGCCCGCAGCGUUGUGCCGUGCCCCGACACCCCGGCGGCCAAGUUCACGUACUCGGCUACUGUUACCGUCCCUCAGUGGUGUACUGUGCUCAUGAGCGCCAUCGCCCACGGCCACGUGAAGAACAACGAGCACGAGCUGACCAAGAAGUGGAGCUUCCGACAAGAUGUACCCAUUCCGUCGUAUCUGUUAGCCAUUGCUGCCGGAGAGAUGGAGAGUGUGGAGUUGAGCCCUCGCAGCCGCGUGUGGGCGGAGCCGAGGGUCGUGACCAGAGCGGCACAUGAUACUUACGACCUCGUGUGUCUGCCCCCGUCGUUCCCGUACGGAGGCAUGGAGAACCCAUGUUUGACGUUUGUAACCCCGACGCUGCUGGCGGGAGACCGCUCUCUGGCCGACAUUGUGGCCCACGAGAUUGCUCACUCGUGGACGGGCAACUUGGUGACCAACGCGACGUGGAGUGACUUCUGGUUGAAUGAAGGUUGGACUGUGUGGCUCGAGCGGAAGAUUGUAGCCAAGAUCCACAAUGACCCCAAAACGUACGACUUGAAGGCGGCUUUGGGCAUGCGUGGACUGGUUGAGGCGGUGCAGUCCUUCGGACCGUCGCACCCGUACACGGCUUUGGUUCCUAAGUCGGAAGGUGUUGAUCCGGACGACGUGUUCUCUCGAGUGCCGUAUGAGAAGGGCUUCAACUUCCUCCACUACUUGUCGACCGUUGUCGGCUCGGAGGAGUUCGACCUAUUCGCUCAGGCUUACAUCCAGAAGUUCAAGUUCCAGACGCUCACUUCCCAAGAUUUCCGCAUCUUUUUCGAGAAACACUUCGCCGCGCAGCCCGAGCUGCUGAAACAGAUUGACUGGGAUGGCUGGUACUACUCGAUUGGCAUGCCGCUGAUCACCAACAAGUUCGACACGUCGAUGAUCAGCCAGGUGCGAGCAUUGGGCGAGAAAAUGAUGACGACAGCGGACGACAAGAAGUGGGCGAAGGUCACGGACCCGCGCGUGCUCCGCAAGUGGCCAGCCUCUCUGUGGAUUUUGCUGCUGGAUACUUUGCUCCUGCUGCAAACGGGCAGCCACGCGCGGUUGUCAGCGACCCAUUUGGACGCGAUCGAUGCGUUUGGCCACCACCACUUGAGUACCACACACAACUCGGAGUUGCGCUUCCGCUGGUUCACGCUGGCGUUGCGCUCCGGCGACCUGCGCGUGCUGGACCGCACCGUCGACUUCUUGAAGGAGCAGGGCCGCAUGAAGUUCGUGCGUCCUCUCUUCCGUGACCUGUGCGCGACACUGGGCGUGGUGCGGGGUGCCACUAUCUUCGAGGACUGCAAGUCGCUGUACCACCCGAUCGCCGCGAAGAUGAUUCAGAAGGACAUCGAGAGCUUGCAGGUGUCCAAGAAGCACACGAGAGCGAUGUACUCCAAUGACUUCAACGGAUUUUUCGCUCACUGGCUCGGGCUGCCCCAGGAGUACUCGCUCUUGGCAGUGGCUCUCGGUGGGCUUACGAUUGUUACGGCGGUGGCUUUAUCCAAGCGUCGCGAAGAGCGGAGGUAG